AUGUCGCUGCAAACGAAACGACAGCACUGUUACCUAUGUGACCUGCCCCGCAUGCCCUGGGCUAUGAUCAAUGACUUCACGGAGGCGGUGUGCCGCGGCUGCGUCAACUAUGAGGGCGCCGACCGCAUUGAGGUGGUGCUGGACGCCGCCCGCCAGAUGAAGCGCCUCCAUCCGAGCAGCAAGCGGGCGCACGAGAACGGCGAAGUGGUCGUCCUCCAGCAGCAACAACAGCAGGCAGUAGCUGGUCUCCAGCAGGUGCCAGGAUCGCACCGUGGAGCGCCAAGCAGCAGUGCCGUAGGACCUGGUCCCUCCGGCGCCCCCGGUGGACCCCUCUCGCUGGGCAGCUCCACGGCACUGGGUGCAGUCGCCGCCGCUGCGGCAGCGGCCCACCAUCAUCAUGCCGCCGUCGCGGCCGCCUACCAGAUGCCCGUGCCACGGAUCGGACCUCCGUCGCAGCAGACCACCAGCCUAAUGGACUAUCCAGUCAAGUUGGAGGCGUCGCCGCAUGACGGGGCCGGCGGCGUUCGACCCGUUCGCAUCUCCCACAUGACGCCCCACCAUAUGCCGCCCAACUCGGCCCAGAGGGCCGCCUCCCAACAGUCCGGUGGGGGCGGGGGCAUGGCCGGCGGUGGAGCCGGCAGUGGACCCACGCUACCACCCGCCCUUUCCGUCAAUCUGAAGCGCCCCUCCUCCGAGGAUGUGGACGAUCAGCAACAGCCGCAUGGCCCCCACGCCGUGGUCCCAUCGGAUGCGGCUGGUCCACCCGGCGUCAAGAGAAGCGCCCUCGACGAUCCCAACGGCGUGCGGCCGCCCCUCACACGCGGCGAAUCACUGCCCGCCGCCGUCAGCUACGUACCGGAGCGGCAGCUCAAUUUGCGGGACAAGCAGCAGCCGGUGCGGGCGCCCAGCUUCGAUGCUUCGACCUUCAAAGCAGGCGAGCACCUGUCCCCGGCCAGUCGACGCAAUGGAUCUAGCCCGCCCUCGGGACCGCUGCCCCCACGUAGCGUACACUCGCCGAAUAGUUCGGGCUCCUCGUCGGGUCGGCGAUCGUCGGGCUCCCGGCAUGUGUCCAGCACAACCGUCACAAGCACAGAGGUGGGUGGUGCGAAUGCCGGGCAGGCGGCCGUAUCCGGCGGACUGGGCAGUGGCAGCGGAGGAGUAGCCGGCUCUUUGGGGGUGCCGGGCGGCGCCAGCAACUCCCAGCUGUCCGGUGGCAGUGCCACACCUGGCAACGGGGGCGGACCCUCAUCUAUGCCACCCGGUGCGGGGGCCGGCGACGGCAGCACGGCCGGGGGCAGUAAUGGAGGCACCGGCAUCGGCGGCGGCGGCGGUCCGUCCGGCAGCAAUGGCAGCGGAGCCGUGAACCCUGGCCCCGGGAGCAGUGGCAGUCAAGGCACGCCAGGCAUGGGCAGCGGCGGAGGUGCUGGUGGUGCCGGUAUCAGUGGGGCGCCGGGCGGCAGUGCAGCAUCAAAUUCGGCAGCGGCGGCAGCGGCUGCGGCCGCCCAGAAUGCCACGCUCAAGUGCACCCUGUGCCAGGAGCGGCUCGAGGACACGCACUUUGUCCAGUGUCCGUCGGUGAAUCAUCACAAGUUCUGUUUCCCCUGCAGCCGCGAGAGCAUUAAGCGGCAGAAUGGACUGGGCAACGAGGUGUACUGUCCGAGUGGCGACCGCUGUCCGCUAGCCAACUCCACCAUACCGUGGGCGUUCAUGCAAGGCGAGAUCACCACCAUACUGGGCGAGGAGGUGAAGGUGAAGAAGGAGCGCGAGUCUUAAUGUCCGUUUUACUGUAAAAAGCUGCGCAGAGCUUUGGAGCACUUUUGAGAGAGUUGUGUUUGUGUGUGUGUGAUCUCUCUAUAUCUUUCUCUGUAUACCUCUCUCUCGCACACUCACACGCCAAAACUCUCUCUCUCUAUUGCACACGCCGCUCUCCCGCUGGAGUCAGUUUGUGUGGGUAUGUGAGGGGAGGGCUGGAGAGGAGGCGACAUUUUUUUUGUGGCAACCGCAGCCGGUGACUGCGGCGGCGGUAAUGUUAACGGCAGGAGAAGCAGCCAGCGUUAAAAGCUAUCUCUCUCUCUCUGUCGAAGACGACCGACCGACCGAUAGAUCGGUCGUCCGACCGAUCAAUCAACAACAAUAAUUUUGUAGGCAGCAAAGAACUGCUGGGGCAUGCCCCACCAUAUGGUGGGGGAUCCCAAAAAAAAAAAAAACAAAAACAAAAUAAAACAAAAAAUUGAAUCAAAGCAAAAGCGCAAGCAGAAGCGGAAACGGAAGCGUUAAAACGUGAAAAGAGAACACCAACACCAACAACAUAAACAACAACAAAAACACCAACAACCAACGAUAAGAUGAAACAUUUUUGUAGCAUACUUAUGGGAGGAAGGAAGGAAAUGGAGCAGAGAAGCAGAAGAGGAGGAAGGCCCCGAGAAGCGAGAGAAAAAUUGAAACAUUUCUUAUUAAAAACAAGAAAGAAAACCUACAACUUAUACACCUAGAAAACAGAUCAUAGAAACAGUAAAACAGAAAAAUACACUUGCUAGAUAUUAGACGAUAACUUUCCUUUUUUUGAAUACACGUAGAUCUACAUAUAAAUACUAUACGAUAAUGAUACAUUUUGUUAUGUAGGCAGGCUCGAUCGAGAGCGAUUUUAAUCAUAAGUUUACAUUUAGUUUGUACUAACGACUUAAUUUAUUUGACUAGACGUUGCCUAAUUUAGUAUACACCUUCACACCCCACGCGGGUGAUCGAACUCCAGUAAAUAUAUAUUAUAGUUUUUUUUUUUUAUUUUAA